GCACACGUUGAUGGUCUAUCUGUCAGAGGGCAGUGGAUGCCGUUCUGUGUAAGAAGCCUAAGCUAAACAGUUAUUGGACGCUUCUGUAAAACGACAAAUAUUCCUGUCUCACGACUGGAAUAUUUGUAGCUUGCUACCUUAAGAUUGUUUUCGACUGACAGGUUGUGGGGCCACAGCACCAAUGCAGUUCCCUGUGUGGUGAGAGCACAGUGGGGCAGUAGCACGAGUUUGAGGAAGAAGAGGAGGAAGAGGGAUGGAGCAGGCUCACAGUUUGCUCCUGAAUGAGGAGGUCUGCAGCCAGCUGGGUGACCAGCAGAGGGCCGAGUUUAUCUUCGAGUGGCUGCGCUUCCUAAAGAAGCUGCUGGCAGCUGUGGACAGGAUAAGAUUUCAUCAUUGCUAUGUCGCUAUCUCGAGCUCAACAUGCCCAAUUCCACACCUGCGUACCCCAGUCGUGCUCAUGCAUCAGUGGUACUGUCACGCCAAAUUUGAUCCGGGCUGGCGGGUGAGCCUACAGAAGCCUUCCCAGUCCAAAGUAUCAGUGGAUACAGCAGUUCAGGCUCACGUCUCACAAAUUAGUUGGCUGCUCCGAAGAACUGAACAAACGGUCUUAUCACUCUGCGAAUCCAACUGCCGGCAAGAAAAUGGCCGAAGAUGCCAUUGUGGCAGCACCUGUGAGCAUUGGCGCAGAUUUCAGGGGGCGGAUGUGAAGAAAAAGCAGAAGCACCUGGUGGAGCAGCUGACUGAGGUUCUUAUGGGCUCUCCAGGCCCCCCAACCCGCCGGCUCCUGGCCGAUUGUCUGGCGCUGCUCUACAAAGCAGGAGACCCCUUCACUGCCAGCUUUACAAUUGAAAAGUGCAGCGACAUCAUCCGCAGCAAGGACGACUCUCCCAGUUUUCUGCCCACCCGUCUGGCUGCCAUUGCCUGCCUAGGCUCCAUUUAUGAACAGCUGGGCCGUUUGCUGGGAAACACCUUCUCUGAGAGCGUGGGAAACCUGCUGAAGGCCAUGAGGAAUGCAGAGUCGCAGGGUCGGUAUGAGAUCAUGCAGAGCUUACAGAGGAUCCUGAGAGGCCUUGGGAUGAGCGCCGUGUCUUGCCACAGGGACAUCUACAAGGCAGCGCGCGUCUGCCUGACUGAUCGCUCCAUGGCUGUCCGCUGUGCUGCCGCCGAGUGUCUGCUGGAGCUCCAGAGGGAGGCGCUGUUCCUGUGGACAUCUGAGCUGGAGAAUGUGGCCACACUGUGUUUCCGUGCCUUUGAGGGCUCCAACUAUGACGUGCGAGUGGCCAUUUCCAAGCUACUGGGAACCCUGCUGGCCGCAGCAAUUUUGCCCCGGCAGGCUACAGUCCCUCAGCAGAAGCGGACUUCCCUGGAGGAAGUGAUGCAGCUCCUGACUGGUGGCUUCCUACGGGGUGGGGCCAGCUUCCUGAGGGCCAGUGGAGACAUGCUGAAGGGCACCAGCUCCGUCAGUAGAGACAUCCGAGUGGGCAUCACACAGGCUUGUGUGGUUUUGGUCACGUGUCUUAGUGGCCCGUGGUUGGAGGUGAACUUCCCUGCACUACUGCCGCUGGUUUUGGAGCUGGUAUCCCACCCGCGGGCGACCCAGAGCCCAGUGGAUGCUGUGUCCUGCCGGCGCUGCGUCUCUUUCGUGUUCCGCGCCACGCUGGGCAGCCUGCUGGGUGAAAAGGCCCAGAUAGCCGCUGCCAAGGAGAUCUGCCAAGCUGUGGGAAAACAGAAGAAGGCUGUGGAUGCAGCCCUGAGUGAUGGGAAUAUGGAGGCGCGGGUGAGCGUGGCAGACAUGGCGGCCAGUCAGCAUGCGCUGGUGUGCUGUCUGCAGGAGCUGGGCUCCCUGUUGCAGGGCCUGGGGUCCACUGCUGCACCCCUGCUGCAGGACCCCGCCACAGGAUUGUUGGAUAAGGUGACCUCAGUGCUGCUCCACCCCAGUGCUGCGGUGCGAUUGGCUGCCGCGUGGUGCCUGCGCUGUGUUGCCAUGGCACUGCCCUCGCAGGUCUCUGUGCUGCUGGACCGCUGCACAGAAAGGCUGAAUGCGCUCAAGUCCUGCCCCGAGGCCGUGUCCGGAUACAGCGCUGCCAUCGCCGCCCUGCUGGGCGCGGUGCAACACUGCUCUCUUGGAAUACCACAUGCAAAGGGAAAAGUGGUGAUGGCCCUGUCAGAAGACCUCCUGCGUUCAGCCACACAGAACAGCCGCAUCUCUAUCCAGCGCACACAGGGGGGCUGGCUGCUGCUGUCUGCCCUCAUCACACUGGGGCCCACGGUGGUGGAGCAGCUCCUCCCCAGGCUGCUGCUGCUGUGGAAGUGCUCCUUCCCCCAGUCGCUCAGGGACCUGGACGCAGAGCGCAGCCGCGGGGAUGCCUUUACCUGGCAGGUGACCCUGGAGGGCCGGGCCGGGGCCCUGUGUGCUAUGAAGAGCUUGGUCGUACACUGCAGUGACCUCCUGAAUGAUGAUGUCAUAAUUCGCCUCCUCACACCAUUGGCUUGUGCGGUGGCUCUCCUCAACCAGUUGCCUUCUCUUAUCAAGUCGUAUGGAAACCAAAUGAAAAACAUCUCCUUGAUGUUCAAAUACAGACUGUAUGCGGUUCUUGCUGUGCUGCCCCCUAGAACAUAUGAAGAGAACUUUGGGGCAGUGAUGAAACAGCUGGUCAGUGACCUGACUGGACCAGAGAACCCUGUGUGCGCUGGCUCAGUGCUGCUGCCUCCGCUGUGCCACCCAGGCCACACCUCCCUGCUGGGCCCCGCCCUGCAGGACACAGACCAGUGCUUCAUCGAGGAGCAGCUGCAGCAUGUUGGCAGUGUUGGUGGGGGCAGCCUGGAGAACGACCCCUUUUCCAUUUGCCAGAAAUCCCUGGAUGUCCCUGUGCCCGUCCCCAUAGCCGCCGCUGUCACUGUGGCGACUGUGCAGCUUUUUGGGGUUGUCUUCCCGCACAUCAUCGUUGCUCAGAGGGCACACGUCCUGGAGCAGUUUUGCGAGGGUCUUAAGCAGCUAAAAGGCUCCCGGCAGCAGAUUGUGCAGAUCCACACCGUGUCGGCCUUCUGCUGUGCUUUGAAGUAUCUGGGCUCAGGGCGGUUGGGGCUGGGCCCGGAGGAGGUUCGGCGGCCUGCCCUGGCACUUCUGGUUGGUGCCCUGGAGAGUUCAACUCCCCUGCUCCGCUGUGCAGCUGCCGAGGGCCUUUCCCGCUUGGCACAGGUCGCCAACGAUGCCUCCUUUACCGUCGCCAUGACACAGAUCAGCUUCGACAAGUUGAAAACCGCAAGGGAUGCGGUGUCCCGCACAGGCCAUGCCCUGGCCCUGGGUGCGCUGUACCGUUAUCUGGGGGGUAUCAGCUCACCCCAGCACCUCGGAGCUUGUGUGGGGGUGCUCUUCACCCUGUCCCAGGACAGCACUUCUCCCGAAGUUCAGAUGUGGGCCCUGCACGCUCUCUCUCUGGUGAUUGACCUUGCAGGGCCACUGUACCGCAGCCACGUGGAGCCCACAGUUUGCAUGGUACUGCGGCUACUGCUGAGCGUGCCUCCCACCCAUGUGGAGGUGAGCCAGAGCCUGGGUCGCUGCCUGACUGCCCUCAUCACCACCCUGGGGCCUGACCUGCAAGGUGAGGGCCCUACUGUGCCAGCGCUGCGGACGUCUUGCCUGGUGGGCUGUGCUGUGAUGCAGGACAGCCCAGACUGUCUGGUGCAGGCCCAGGCCAUCUCCUGCCUGCAGCAGCUGCACAUGUUCACUCCCCAACAUGUCAACCUCGCCAGCCUGGUGCCCAGCCUCUGUGAGAUCUUGUUGGAUUAUUCUGUGUUGGCAAAUUUGUGCAGUUCCUACCUUUCCCUGCGGAGGGCAGUGGUGGCCUGUCUGAGGCAGCUGGCACAGAGGGAGGCAGCGGAGGUGACUGAACAUGCUGUGGCAUUGGUCAAGGGACUUCCACGGAGAGACAGCGCCUUGCUUGAUGUGACCAUCAAGGAGACGGGGCUGGAGGGGGCGCUGUUCAGCCUGUUGGAUAGGGAGUCGGACGUGCAGCUUUGCAGGGACAUACAGGAGACUCUGGGUCACAUGCUGAGCUCUAUGGCACUGGGCAGGCUGGCACACUGGCUCAAGCUGUGCAAAGAUGUCCUCUCUGCCUCCGCAGAUUUUGCCACGGCCGCACCAGUGGAGACCAACCAGGAGGAGGAUGAGGGGGAGCGGUCGGAUGACUCUUCCAUCUUCACUUCAAAAUCAAAAUCUGGUGGGCCCUUCACAAAUCCCAGAUGGCCCACGCGCGUGUUCUCUGCCGAGUGCGUCUGCCGAAUUAUCACCCAGUGUGAGAAUGGAGACCCUGCCCACUUUGACAUGGCCCUGGCUCAGGAGCGUCGCUUGCAGGUAUCCUCGGACUUCCUGGUUUUGCAUCUGGCUGACCUGAUCCGCAUGGCGUUCAUGGCAGCCACAGACCACAGUGAGGUGCUGAGGCUGGCAGGCCUGCAAACACUGCUGCUCAUCAUCCGCAGGUUUGCUGCCGUCCCUGAGCCCGAGUUCCCUGGGCACGUCAUCCUGGAGCAGUACCAGGCCAACGUGGGAGCUGCCCUACGGCCUGCCUUCACUGCGGACACGCCCCCUGAUGUCACUGCUAAAGCCUGCCAGGUAUGCAGUGCUUGGAUCGCUAGUGGAGUGGUGAGUGACCUCGGGGACCUGCGGCGCGUUCACAACCUCCUGGCCUCCUCAUUGGUCAGAGUCCAGGGUGGAAAAGAGACGCCCAGUCAGCUGUACAAUGAGAGCACCUCCACCAUGGAAGCCCUGGCUGUGCUCAAGGCCUGGGCAGAGGUGUAUAUUGUGGCAAUGAGGAGCCCUGAGUCAAGUUUGACUGAUCCCAGCCUAUCAGAGGAGGGGGUGGGGCCAGUGACAGGCGGUGGGCUUCUGAGGCUGGUUCAGGCGGACCUUCCCACUCUGAGCCGGCUGUGGCUUGCAGUGCUGCAGGACCAUGCCCUCCUCACGCUCCCUGAGGAGUACUCUCCCCAGCUCCCAGCAACAGGGGGAACCUUUUACACAGCUGAGACAGUGAAGCAGGCUAGACUGUACUACUGCAGCUCCUGGGGGCCCGUCCUGCAUGCUGCCGCCCUGUGGCUCAGCAGCACAGGCUUCAUUGUGGUGGACGAGGGCCCUGCCAACCUGUCCCGCCCUGUCACCCCCACGUCUAUGGGUCAGUCCGCCUCACUGGCCAGCAUGAAGUCUCCUGAGGACUUGAACACCGAGCGUCUUCAUCUCAUCCUGGGCCUCAGUAUCGAAUUUCUGUGUUCCCCACGCUCUGAUGCUCAAAUGGAGAACAUCACUUCCUGUCUACACGCCCUCCAGUGCCUGCUGGACCUCCCCUGGCCCAGGUCCAAGAUCGGGAAUGAUCAGGCCUUGAGCGUGGAGCUUUUGAGCGUGCUCCACAGACUGAUUGUGACACGGGAGUCUCCGGAGGUGCAGGUGGCUGUGCUGCAGCUUGUCCAGCAGGUGGUGUGUGCAGCCCAGGAGCACGUGAAAGAAAAGAGACACAGCGCUGAAGUGGAUGAUGGUGCGGCGGAGAAGGAGACCCUGCCAGAGUUUGGGGAGGGACGGGACACAGGCGGGCUGUUGCCAGGCAAGUCGCUGGUGUUGGGAGCUCUGGAGCUGUGCCUCUGUGUGCUGGUGCGUCGCCUGCCCCAGCUGAGCCCGAAACUGGCCGGCUGCCCCACAGGCCAGGGGGGGCUAUCCCGGGCCAUGAGCCAGAACGACUGCAGGCUGGUGUCUGCUGCUUUGGCCAUCCUGUCCGAACUGCCCUCCAUCUGCUCCCCUGAGGGCAGCGUUUCCAUCCUGCCCACUGUCCUGUACCUGCUGAUGGGGGUCCUGCGGGAGGCGGUGCGGGCCCUGCCCGGUGGGGCACUGGGGCUGGUGAUAGGGGGGGCGCUGCAGGCUCUGCGCACUGUACUGUCCUCUCCUAUGGCCCGAGCGGAAAAGAGCAGGGCUGCCUGGGCCCACCUGCUGCGCUGUGCACUCAGAACUCUGUUAGACUGCUGGGAUCCAGUAGAGGAAACAGGACACACAGUAGAUGAUGUCAGCCUGCUGACAGCCCUCACAAUCUUCCUAUUGUCUGCGGGCCCUGAGGUCACCACUGUGCAGUCACUGCAGACCUGCUGCAUCAGUCGCUUUAAGGCCAGCCUGGAGUCCAAGGAUCCUGCGGUCCUGAGCCGGUGCUUCCAGCUACUGCUGUCAAUGUUCCAGAGCCCCACAGAGGGCGUGGCCAGGCCGUUUAUCCGUGCACUGGGCGGGGUGCUGGUGGGGCACCUGCAGAGCGUGGAGAAGAGUAGGCCCCAGACUGCAGGCGAGCUGCACGCCGUGCAGGAGGGGGUGCGGGCUCUGGAAGGUCUGGUGUCCGCUGCCGACGAGGAGCACCGUCCCCAGCUGGUGGCAGUGCUGCUUGCCAUCCUAAUCUCCUUCCUGCUGGAUGAGAAUGCGCUGUCCUCGGCCCCCCCAGCAACUCGCACCCUGCACGACUCUGCCCUGAGGGACCUAAUGCGCCUUGGGCCGCAGCACCCCUCAGUCUUCAAGGGCCUCAUGACCACAUCGCCCUCAAUGAAGGCGCGGCUGGAAGCUGCUGUGAAAGGCAACCAGGAGAGCCUGAAGGCUAAGACAGCCACGCACCAACCUGUCAGCAAGAGCUCUCCCAGCAUACAGCUCAAGACCCAAUUCCUGUGACCGUGGCACCCCACUCAAGACCCACUUCCUGCGACCCUAGCACCCUACUCAAGACCCACUUCCUGUGACCCAAGGGACACUCAAGACCCACUUCGUAUGACCUUAGCACCCUUCUGAAACUGUACUUCCUGUGACCCGAGCACCCUACUUAAGUCCCACUUCCUGUGUCCCUAGCAACCUACCUAAGAUACACUUCCUGUGACCCUAGCAUGUCUCUGAAGACCCAGUUCUUGUGACCCUACACCCUACUCAAAAUGCACUUCCUGUGACCACAGUAUGCCUCUGAAGACCUACUUCCUGUGACCAUAGCGCUCCACUCGAGACCCACUUCCUGUGACCAUAGCAUGCCUCUCAAGACCCACUUCCUGUGACCCAAGGGACACUCAAGACCCACUUCGUAUGACCUUAGCACCCUUCUGAAGCUGUACUUCCUGUGACCCGAGCACCCUACUCAAGACCCACUUCCUGUGACCCUAGCAUGCCUCACAGGACGCACUUCCUGUGACCCUAGAGCUGCAUUCAAGACCCACAUCCUGUGCCCUUAGCAGCCACUCACUACCCACUUCCUGUGACCCCAGCACCCCUGUCAAUACCCACUUCCUGUGACCCCAGCAUCUAGAUUAAGACCUACUUCCUGUGACCCCAGCCUAUUGCUUAGGGAUGUCAAACUGGGGGGUGUGUAGAUUUUUGUGGUUUACUUUCAGUGAACCCCAAAACAAGUUGUGUGGAUACUUCAGUCAGUUAACAACUUGUAUGAAUCACUCGUGCUGAAAUACCCUGAAAGUCAGCAGACAGUGCAGCCUUCCAGGUCUGGAUUCUCACACCCCGGUCUGGCUUAAGACCAACUUCCUGUAAUUCCAACACUUAACUAGUGGCCUUUGGAGAGCAAGAAGACAUGCUUGAACACAGAUGUAGAAUCACUUCACCUUAGGACAGUUCUGUUAAAAUAACACUAAAGGCACAUAAUAGGUUUUCGCUCAAUACCAUUAGCGGGCAAAAAGAUUUUUUUUUUAAAAUCUUUGCCUAUGUUAUUUUGUAAUCCUUAAAUUUGUAAUAAAAUAGUGUUAACCUCUGUGAGAAGAGAAAAAACUGAAGCAGUAGAAGUUUUAAGUGGAUUGGUGGCAUUUCACAAAGUUAUCCGUGAGGGGUUGUGGGAUUUGUAGUACUGCAUAGUUGAACCAGAUUCUGUGUGUCAAUUGGAGUACUGUAUCUGGGCUCUUCACAGGUGGUGCUAUAACCAGUAAACAUGUUCUGCCAUGUCUCUCCUGGUGUGCUGACCCCACACCCCACCACCCAUGGUGCUGUAACACACUGGUCUGCACAGUUCUUAAUCAGUUACAUCCGUGGAGGGCAAGCAAAGAAACUUGAAAUAUUACUGUUGAAGGUUUGUCUGCCUUUGGAGAGUGUUAUGUGUUUUAGCUUCAGUCUGCCUUGCCUCUGCUUUGGGCCAGUAUUUCUAUAUAGCUUAGUUGGCAUGGAGCAGAGCUCCAUUGAACAUGUCAGUGCUACUAGAUCAUUUCAACACAGAAAUUUUAGAUCAUCUGUAGGGAAUCAGUAUAAUAUACAGUACUGCGCUAGCCCAAAAUUUUUGGCCAAUAAUGCAUGCUUAUGUUUCAGUUGCAAAGUAAAAGCACUAGUGAAAGAAGGUUUCGGACACCAUCUCUACACCUCCUGGACACAGGCUCAUAUUAGCUGCCCUUGGUAUGGCAUGCUGCCUUGUCUGUUGCGUAAGCAGCAUUACUUCCGCCAAGAUCUAAGAACUGUUGAGGUGAACAGCAUUGAUACUCUUAAUCCAUUAAGCCCAGAGAGGGCUCCAUGAGCUGUAGACAUCAGAGUCCAGGCCCAUUCAGAGGCUAGCCUUAUAACUGUAGCAUUCUCAGGACCUCUUCAGUCAUUCAGUCUGUAUCCCCAAGCACUCCGCUGUCCUCAGGGCACCACCAUCAUCAGAAAAACACAAAGACCUCAUCUCAUAAAGGGCUUAAAAAUGUAUCCAAGACUCAAUGGACCCAAGUGAAGUGGCCAUUUGACCGUGGAGUGGUGGUGCACUAUUUCUCUGGCCUUUAUGUAGAAAUAAUCUGUGCUUCAGCUGCAAUUGGCCUUUUAAAAGCACAGCUAGUUUCUUAAACUGCAUAUAAAAUCAGUUAACAGUUAUUCCCUUUCUUUUUGUGUUCACAAAUAACAGUGUAAUCACCACAUAGAUGUAGUAAUGGUAUUACACCUCUAACCUCUAAUCUUUUUUCCUGAAUAAUUAUGCAAAAAUUACAUUAAUUGUAGAAUUGCUACACUACAAUCACUGAGCAAUCAAAGACGCAAUCAAAUUUGCAUGUUGCCACAUCCCAUCUGUGUUAGGAUUUUAGUUUUUAAUUCAAGCUCCUCCUCUUAAUUUUGUCUCAAUUUGUAAUCUGAGGUUGAGCUCACGGAUUGAGAAAAUGGCAGUCAGAGAUAAGGAAAAGUUAUUCUGCCCACUAAUUGUAUAUGUGUAUGUGCAGGAUAUCAUACAUUUAUAGAUAUUGUUGUAUAAAAUGUGCAUUCUUAAUGUGAUGUCAGUGUUGAACAUGUGGCUGUAAUCAUCCAAACAAAUGGAAGGGUAAUUGAUGAAGUAUUGUGAGAUGAUUUUUAUACUGAUUGUUGUAAUGUUAUUUCCGAAGAAUGAUGCCAGCUAAGUAAGGCAUUGGCCUGGCAUUUUUAGUCCAUAAUAAACGAAUGUGGGAAAUUGUCUCAAUAAGCAUGAAGUUUAAGGGAAGAGUUGCUCAUGUGCUGCACACAUCUUUUUUCCAACUUUAGCACUUUGAUUGCUGUGAGAAUUAUGUAAAAACUGUAGUAUUGGCAGGCUGUACACACAUUUGUGCAGAGCACUGUAAAUUGUACAGAAUAACCAUUUGGGCUAUAUCUUAUUAACAGUUUUGUUUUCUAAUAUACAUGAGGAAAUAAAGCCUAGCAUUCUCUCUUCCAGGGCUGGA